CGCUCCUCUCCUUCCCCGGCGGGGCCGCGGAGCGGCGCGUGUGGUUUCUAGAGCCGUGCUUAUUGUGUGUCCCCUUGGGGCCCAAGGAUUUCGCAGUGAAUAUGAAGACUAUCCGUCUGAAACCUCGCCGCUUCAAAUAUAGGUGAGGAACAGGCUGUGUUAGGAACAGCAGUUUAAAAGAAAGACUCCUGUUGUUCUUUGGCCUGAGAGGGAAAAUGGUUAGCCUACACAAACCAGAAAUUAAGCUGGAAUCUCUAAAAGAGGAUAUUAAGGAUUUUCUGAAGACAUCAGGUUGGGAAAAGAAGCUUCAGAAUGCUGUUUAUAGUGAACUCAAUGUGUUUCCUUCGCCCUGUCAUCCUGCAGCACCAUCUGAACAUAUUAAAGAACCUUUAGCCUAUAUGAGGAAAGCACAGGGAAGCUGGGAGAAGCGAAUUCUGAAAAGUCUGAACAGCAUGUGCACAGAACUCAAUAUCCCACUAGCACAGAAGAGGCCUGCAAAUGAACAAAAAGAACUGCUUAAUAAAUGGAAUGAAAUGGGGACUGAUGAGCCAGAUCUAAGUCUUUUCCGGCCUGUUUAUGCACCUAAAGAUUUCCUUGAGGUACUGAUGAAUCUUCGAAACCCAAAUUAUGAAAAUGGAGAGCAGCCUAGUUUCAGAAAUCAUCUGGGACUAAUUCAGGUUCCCUUAAAAGUUAAAGAUAUUCCAGAAUUGAAAGAAGACUUUAAUGAACUAGGCUUAAAUAUAGGACAGCUAGGUAUUGAUGAUUCAGCACAAGUGCCUCCUGAGUUCUUUGAAAAUGAACAUGUACAUGUUGGGCAGAAAGUUUUAGCAGAGCAAGAUAGUGCUGCAGCUCAGCAGUAUGUUCGUCAGGGAUGUCCAACAGCACUCCGAGCUGAUCUGUGGGCCCUCAUUCUUAACAUUUCUAAUCAGCCAGAGGACAUCUUGUAUUAUGAACAGCUUAAGUCAAAUGUGAUUCAACACGACCUUUUAGUGGACAACCUGAUUUACAAAGAUGUAAAACUGACAGCAAGCAACGAUGACUACUAUUUUGUAUUUGAGGAUUAUUUAUAUCAGGUGUUGCUGUGUUUUUCCCGAGAUACAUCUGUCCUGGAGCACUUUACUUACAGUAGUGCCACCCCACCCAAAUCAUACAUACAAGGGAAACUCGGAAUGGAAGAAUAUGCUGUUUUCUAUCCUCCAAAUGGUGUAAUUCCUUUUCAUGGCUUUUCUAUGUAUGUUGCUCCACUUUGUUUUCUGUACCAUGAACCUUCCAAAUUGUAUCAGAUAUUCCGUGAGAUGUAUGUGCGUUUUUUCUUCAGACUCCAUUCCAUCUCUUCUCAUCCCUCUGGCAUUGUAUCUUUGUGUUUGCUUUUUGAGACUCUUCUACAAACCCAUCUGCCCCAGCUCUUCUAUCACCUCCGAGAAAUUGGAGCUCAGCCGCUACGAAUUUCAUUUAAAUGGAUGGUACGAGCAUUUUCUGGUUAUUUAGCUACAGACCAGCUCUUGCUUCUGUGGGACAGAAUCCUGGGAUACAAUUCUCUAGAAAUUCUUGCUGUCCUGGCAGCUGCUGUGUUUGCUUUCCGAGCAGUCAACCUGAUGGAGGUGACAUCACUGGCUGCAGCUGAAGCUGUACUUGCUGACCUUUCAACCCUGAAAGUUAUGCCUCUUCUUCAAAUCUUCUUGUUUGCUACUGUCACUUGAUCUGUUUCAACAAUACUGGUACCACAUUCGAGUCUUUCUGGAGAAGCUAAGCAUCAACUAUGCAAUGCCUGCAUAAAACCAAAAUUAAACUCCAUGUAUAAAAUCAAUUUAGAAAUAACUACCUUAAUAUUUUCUAACUUGAAAAAAUAACUUUACACACAAUUGUGUGAAGUGCAUGCUAAUGAAUUCCACUGUAAAAGCAAUGGUUAUUACUUGUACAUUGCGAAUGACUACUUGUGCAAGUAAAUAAUAUGAGUCACUGUCUAAAAUGCAUGCAAUAUUAAACGAAAUAAAGUAAACUUAAUUAGUGAUCUGA